GUCAAAACUAAAAUAGACAGGCAUCUGCAUCAAAGCAGAGUUGUGCUUCUUUAUUUAUUUUGUAAUUUUGAGUACAAUAUAGCAAGAUGUACGAUCAAGAAGAUGAUCAAUUUGACGAUGAAGAUACAGAAGAAAUCAGUGGAGAACUCUGGCAGGAAGCCUGUUGGAUUGUUAUUAAUGCCUACUUCGAUGAAAAAGGUUUGGUACGACAGCAGUUGGACAGUUUUGAUGAAUUCAUUCAAAUGUCCGUACAGAGGAUAGUUGAAGAUUCUCCACAGAUAGAUCUACAAGCAGAAGCACAACAUACAUCUGGGGAAAUCGAAACUCCACCUAGAUAUUUGCUGAAGUUUGAACAGAUCUACCUUUCAAAACCUACCCAUUGGGAGAAAGAUGGUGCCCCAUCUCCUAUGAUGCCUAAUGAAGCUAGAUUAAGAAAUUUGACAUAUUCUGCCCCUCUUUAUGUAGAUAUAACAAAAACAAUUGUGAAGGAAGGAGAGGAUCCUAUAGAAACUCAACAUCAGAAAACUUUUAUAGGUAAAAUUCCCAUUAUGUUAAGGUCAACAUACUGUCUGCUUAGUGGCUUAACAGAUCGUGAUUUAACAGAAUUAAACGAGUGUCCGUUAGAUCCUGGUGGAUAUUUCAUAAUUAACGGUUCUGAAAAAGUAUUAAUCGCUCAAGAAAAAAUGGCAACUAACACAGUAUAUGUAUUUUCAAUGAAAGACGGAAAAUAUGCGUACAAAUCUGAAAUAAGAUCUUGUCUGGAGCAUAGCUCUCGACCGACAUCAACUCUGUGGGUAAAUAUGAUGGCUCGUGGUGGUCAGGCCAUUAAAAAAGCUGCUAUAGGUCAACGUAUUAUAGCUAUUCUCCCAUAUAUCAAACAAGAGAUCCCCAUAAUGAUCGUAUUUAGAGCUUUAGGAUUUGUAGCCGAUAGAGAUAUUCUAGAACACAUUAUUUACGAUUUCGAUGAUCCAGAAUUAAUGGAAAUGGUGAAGCCUUCAUUAGAUGAAGCUUUCGUAAUUCAGGAACAAAAUAUUGCUUUUGAAUUUCAUCGGAGCUAGAGGUGCCAGGCCAGGAGUAACCAAAGAAAAGCGUGUGAAAUAUGCUAGAGAAAUUUUACAGAAGGAAAUGUUGCCUCAUGUCGGUGUAUCCGAUUUUUGUGAGACUAAAAAAGCCUAUUUUCUUGGAUAUAUGGUACAUCGACUUUUACUGGCUGCACUCGGACGUCGUGAGUUAGAUGACAGAGAUCACUACGGAAAUAAGAGACUCGACCUGGCUGGACCAUUAUUGGCUUUCCUAUUCAGAGGGCUUUUCAAGAACCUAAUGAAAGAAGUUCGUAUGUACGCUCAGAAGUUCAUCGACAGAGGGAAAGAUUUUAAUCUCGACUUGGCCAUCAAAACUAAACUGAUAACGGACGGUUUGAGGUAUUCUCUUGCUACUGGAAAUUGGGGCGACCAGAAAAAAGCCCAUCAAGCCAGAGCUGGCGUGUCCCAAGUAUUGAAUCGUUUAACUUUCGCAUCCACCUUAUCACAUUUAAGGCGUGUCAAUUCUCCCAUUGGACGAGACGGUAAACUAGCCAAACCUCGACAGUUGCAUAAUACUUUGUGGGGAAUGAUCUGUCCUGCUGAAACUCCAGAAGGUGCCGCUGUAGGACUCGUAAAAAAUCUUGCUCUUAUGGCUUAUAUUUCCGUCGGUUCCCAACCCUCGCCGAUAUUGGAGUUCUUGGAGGAGUGGUCCAUGGAAAACCUGGAAGAAAUAGCGCCAUCUGCAAUUGCUAAUGCUACCAAAAUCUUUGUGAAUGGUUGUUGGGUGGGAAUUCACAGAGAUCCCGAACAACUCAUGGCGACACUGCGUAAACUUCGGCGUCAAAUGGACAUCAUCGUAUCAGAAGUAUCGAUGAUCCGAGAUAUUCGUGACAGAGAAAUAAGAAUUUAUACAGACGCCGGAAGAAUAUGUAGACCUUUGUUAAUCGUCGAAAAUGGCCAGUUGCUUUUAAAGAAAAGACACAUUGAUAUGUUGAAAGAAAGAGAAUAUAAUAAUUAUGGUUGGCAGGUACUGGUCGCGUCUGGUGUGGUGGAGUACAUAGACACGUUAGAAGAAGAAACCGUAAUGAUUGCCAUGAACCCCGAAGAUUUACGUCAAGACAAAGAAUGCGCUUAUUGUACAACGUACACUCAUUGUGAAAUCCAUCCAGCUAUGAUUUUAGGAGUUUGCGCUUCCAUUAUUCCGUUCCCAGAUCACAACCAGAGUCCCAGAAACACCUAUCAAAGUGCUAUGGGUAAACAAGCCAUGGGUGUAUAUAUUACAAAUUUCCACGUUAGAAUGGACACACUGGCCCACGUCCUCUACUAUCCACAUAAACCUUUGGUAACAACAAGAUCUAUGGAGUAUCUUAGAUUCAGAGAAUUACCGGCUGGAAUCAAUAGUAUCGUUGCGAUUGCUUGUUAUACUGGAUACAACCAGGAAGAUUCUGUUAUUUUGAACGCUUCUGCAGUGGAAAGAGGAUUUUUCAGGUCUGUGUUUUACCGGUCUUACAAAGACGCCGAAUCCAAACGAAUAGGAGACCAGGAAGAACAAUUCGAAAAACCAACAAGACAAACGUGUCAGGGCAUGAGGAAUGCCCUUUACGAUAAAUUAGACGAUGACGGACUCAUAUCUCCCGGAAUUCGUGUGUCUGGAGACGACGUAGUUAUAGGAAAAACUAUGACGCUACCAGAAACAGAUGACGAGUUGGAUGGAACUACAAAACGUUACUCCAAGAGAGACGCAUCAACAUUUUUGCGUAACAGUGAAACUGGAGUUGUUGAUCAAGUGAUGUUAACGCUAAAUUCAGAAGGAUACAAGUUCUGUAAGAUAAGGGUGAGAUCUGUGAGGAUUCCACAAAUUGGAGACAAGUUCGCGUCUAGACAUGGACAAAAGGGAACGUGCGGUAUUCAAUACCGUCAAGAGGAUAUGAUUUUUAGUGCUGAAGGUAUUACUCCAGACAUUAUCAUCAAUCCUCACGCUAUCCCCUCCCGUAUGACGAUUGGUCACUUGAUCGAGUGCAUCCAGGGUAAGGUAUCAUCCAAUAAAGGAGAAAUCGGUGAUGCUACACCUUUCAACGAUGCCGUAAACGUACAGAAAAUCUCCACUUUGCUACAAGAAUAUGGCUAUCAACUCAGAGGCAACGAAGUAAUGUAUAAUGGCCAUACGGGACGUAAGAUAAACGCUCAAAUUUUCUUAGGGCCCACUUACUAUCAAAGAUUGAAGCACAUGGUGGACGAUAAGAUCCAUUCCAGAGCUAGAGGACCAUUGCAGAUUCUCGUAAGACAGCCUAUGGAGGGUCGUGCAAGAGACGGAGGUCUGCGUUUCGGUGAGAUGGAACGAGAUUGCCAGAUUUCGCAUGGUGCGGCACAAUUCUUAAGAGAGAGGCUGUUUGAAGUUUCUGACCCUUAUAGAAUCCAUAUUUGCAACUUUUGUGGUUUGAUAGCUAUUGCCAAUUUGCGGAACAACACGUUUGAAUGUAAGGGUUGCAAAAAUAAGACGCAAAUAUCGCAAGUUAGACUGCCUUAUGCAGCGAAAUUACUGUUCCAAGAACUAAUGUCGAUGAAUAUAGCGCCGAGACUUAUGGUACUAUAGAUAUUUUAAGUAAUAAAAUAAAUGUCCUUAUUUAAGAGUAUUUUAUAUUGAAAUAAACAGUAAAAUUAUAA